GAUGCCACCUUUUUGAGGUAUCGCUUCUUGAAAAUGUCCUCAGUGGUAGGUAGGGUUGUACUUGUGAUGGAUCUGACUGCGUCUACAACCCUCUGCAGCUUGCGAUGUUGUUCAUUAGAGCCUCCACACCAGGCUGUGGUGCAAGUAGUCAGAAAGCUCUCAAUAGUAUAUCGAUGGAACAGCGAGAUGGCUGAGCACGUGAACGGUGAGAUGGCUGAGCACGUGAACGGUGAGAUGGCUGAGGUGAAUGAGAUCAUUACAGCCAGUAUGUUGGAAGAAGAAAGGCAGCUGGAAGAGGAAGGUCAGGAGGAAGAGAAGAAACUGAUGGAACAGGCUAAAAUGUUUUGGGAAAAAGACUCGCGUGAAAUGCGCUACAAGAGAUUACAACAUUUACUGGAGAAGAGUAACAUUUACUCCAAGUUCUUGCUAAUGAAGAUGGAGCAACAACAACAGGAGGAACAGAAAAGGAAAGAAAAGCUUGAAAAAAAGCAGAAGCUGCUGGUGCAGGCAAACAACUCAUCAACAGAAGAGAGCAAAGUAGCACUAAAGAAGAAAAGAGGAAGAGAAGAAGCAACAUACAGUAUUUCAGAUUACAUCAGUAAGGAGGAUAUUUUGUCAAGAGUGAAAAAGGCUAAAACAGAUGAAAAUCUUGACACCACAACUCAGAAAAAACUUGAAGUUGAGGAUACAGAGAAGAACCAGGAUUCAAAUACUGCAAUUAAGGAUAGGUUGACCCAGACAGUUCGCCACAACUCUCAGCAUCUAUGGGAUCCUGUGAGGUUGGUGAAUGGCCAGCCGGUUCCAUUUCAACAGCCUAAACUCUUCACAAAUGGAGUGAUGAGGUGGUACCAAGUGGAGGGUAUGGAGUGGCUAAGGAUGCUGUGGGAAAAUGGUAUUAAUGGAAUUCUAGCAGACGAGAUGGGCCUGGGAAAGACUGUCCAGUGCAUUGCCAUGAUAGCUAUGAUGGUGGAGCGAGGGGUCCCGGGACCUUUUUUUGUCUGUGGUCCUUUGUCUACACUCCCAAACUGGGUAUCUGAGUUCAAGAGAUUUACUCCAGAGAUUCCUGUGCUACUUUAUCAUGGGAACCAAAAGGAUCGCCAUCAAAAGCUGCGUAAAAUUCACAAACGACAGGGGUCUCUGCACAUCCUACCAGUGGUGGUCACUUCUUAUGAAAUUGCAAUGAGAGACAGGAAGUAUUUCCAGAAUUGUCACUGGAAGUAUCUCAUAGUGGAUGAAGGCCAUAGAAUCAAGAACUUAAACUGUCGCCUGAUUCAAGAGCUGAAAAGAUUCAACACUGACAACAAGCUGCUGUUGACUGGAACCCCUCUACAGAAUAACUUAGCGGAGCUCUGGUCAUUGCUUAACUUUCUAUUACCUGAUGUUUUUGAUGACUUGAAAAGUUUUGAAUCUUGGUUUGAUAUAUCCACCAUCACAGAAAAUGUUGAGGAUAUAGUUGCAAGUGAACGGGAACAAAAUAUUCUACACAUGCUUCACCAGAUCCUAACUCCGUUCCUGCUGAGAAGAUUGAAAUCUGAUGUCACUCUGGAUAUUCCUCCAAAGCGGGAGGUCGUGGUUUAUGCACCUCUGAGCAAGAAGCAAGAGUCAUUCUACAUGGCUAUAGUUAAUAAGACCAUCAGGACACUGCUGGGACAGGAGUCUGAACAGGAAAAGCCACAACUAACUUCUUCAGGACGGCCGAAACGUCGAAGCAGAAAACAUAUAAAUUAUUCAGAAAAUUAUGAUGAUGAUGAUAAAUUGGAGAAACUGAUUGCAGUCACACAGCAGGAUACCUGUGAACAAAGGCCUGUUUUGGAUGUUUCUGUUCCACAAGAAAAGGAAAUUAACUUAAAACUGCAAAAUGUGUUGAUGCUGCUCAGGAAGUGUUGUAACCAUCCUUACCUAAUUGAGUACCCUUUGGAUUGCAGCACCCAGGAGUUUAAGAUAGAUGAAGAGUUAGUGAAAAGUUCUGGAAAGUUUCUCAUCUUGGAUCGAAUGCUGCCAGAGCUCAGAAAAAGAGGGCACAAGGUGCUGGUAUUUUCUCAAAUGACGUUGAUGUUGGACAUCCUGAUGGACUACUGCUACCUGAGAGACUAUAAAUACAGCCGAUUAGAUGGUUCCAUGCCUUACAAUCUGCGCGAGGAAAAUAUAAACAACUUCAACAAUGAUCCUGAAGUUUUCCUCUUCUUACUGAGCACUCGAGCUGGUGGUUUAGGCAUUAACCUGACAGCAGCAGACACUGUCAUUAUAUAUGAUAGUGACUGGAAUCCUCAGGCCGAUCUUCAAGCUCAGGAUCGGUGCCAUCGAAUUGGUCAGAGCAAGCCAGUUGUGGUGUAUCGCCUGGUAACUGCCAACACCAUUGAUGAGAAGAUUGUGGAGAAAGCUGCAGCCAAGAGGCAACUUGAAAAGAUGGUUAUUCAUAAAAAUAAAUUCAAAGGGGGGAAAUUGGGUCUGAAUCAGUCUCGGCGUAGUUUGGAUUCCACUGAACUAAUGGAGUUGCUGAAAUCUCGGGAUCAUGACAGAGUAGUGAAAGGAAACACUGAGAAAGUGAUAAGUGAUACUGAUCUUCGAGUUCUCCUGGAUCGCAGUGACCUAAUCAAACAAACAAAGAAACAGAAUUUGAGAAUGAAAAGCCAGACAGACAAAGUCUUCAAAGUACUUGACAAUGAUGAGGCAAAUGCAGGAAUCCAGCUUUAUGGACUGUGAGGAGUGGCAGGCCACGUCUCUGCAGUCCGGUGUUAGCUACUCCUUCUCUGGAGAACAGUUCCCAAAAGUUCCUCUUUUUUUUGUCGCUUUCCAAGCUGCAUCCUUAGGGUUAUUGAUCUGACAUGAUUUCCUGUUUUAAAGAUGGUUAAACUGGGGCUCUUUCUUGAAAUGUGCUUUUGUUUGGCACAGUAGACUACAGGUGCAAUUUUUUUUCCAAUUUUGAGACUUAUUGCUGCCUAAAAUGUGAAUAAUAGGUUGACUUCAAAUUUUUUUACCCUUGUGCAGGUGAAAUGGGAGAAUAAAGAGUAAUUUUUUCUUUGUUUCCCUGUACACUUUUGUUUAGUUUUAGUAUGUGUUGGGGGGUGGGGGGGGAGUGUUCUUCCCUACCACAAUAUUUGCACACUUAUUGUCUCAGCAGAGUCCCUGUUGAAAAGAAACAGGAAGUUAAGUGUUCCACCAUGUGGUGAGAUUGCUGGGAACACCACUAUGUGCCUUCUGUGUUAUCUAGUACCAGUCGGUGUUAGAAGAUCUGACUAUGCGUCAAUGAAUGUUUGAGUUUUAUCUUCCUUGCUUAUAAAGGGCAAAUUGUAAUCACCAAUCUUAUUUUGUUUUAAAUUGGCACCAGGGAUGGUGUCAGUUGGCUUCUCUCUUCCCUCUAUCCUUUUGUCUGUAAGGGGAAAAUCCCGGAGCGCAGUUUUCCUCUCCUUUUGCUCAAGGUUAAUGAUGGUGAAAUUUGAGAAGCUGAUGAUUGCCAAGUUUUUCUUUGUUCUUCCUUUCUCUGCCCUACCCUGGAUAUUCCUUUGAGUCAAGACCAGUUGUUUAAUUUGAUCAUUGCUCUGUGGUGGAGCUUUUUGCUCACCCAAGUGGUUAUUGUUUUAGUUCAAAAGCCUUUAGAUAAAAAUUAUGAUGGAAACAUUAACGAGCACUGCCUUACACACCUGUGCUCUUUUUGGAGCAUUUUGUAUCUAGGGGCUGCAGAGGAGGGUGGUGAUAAAUGUUACCUCCAUUCAUUCAGGAUCAUGUAAUCCAGCUAUUGGAGCAGUUAGUGCAGAGUUUUACUCUGCUGACAUUGAACUGAAAAGAAUGAAAGGCUGGUUAGUGGUGAUUUUGUAGCAAAAUUAAGAAGUUAAGCAUCUGAAAAUUAUUUCCUUGGACGAGUUUCUUGUUUUCAUUUUGGGUAAUAACACAGGAGUUAAACAAAUACAGAUAGAAGCUACCUGACGAAGAGACUUAGCUCCUGUGCACUGCGAUUCUAGUUGGUUGAUAGGGGAUGCUUGGUAUAGAUAGAUGCCUACCACUGCAGAUACAUGACUGGUCGUGCUUUUUUUUUAAAAAAAAAGUGGGACCUUAAAAGGUUCAGCAUUGUGGGAUACUUUCUUCCAACUUCAAUCCCUAUUGUGUGUUAAAUGCUCUUGUAUAAAUGUACAAAAAAUGGAUUUUAUUAGAAAUAA